CGCCGCGCCGGCGGCCCUCGUGACGAUUGUUGAUUGGCGACCGCGCCAAGCACGUGUUGAGGCGGCAGCCAAUCAGCGGGCGCGGCGUGCCGCGAGGGGCGGGGCCAGCGGCGGGAGCGCAGCGUAGGGAGCGGACGGGCCGGGCCGGAGCGGCGGUGGGAUGAGGAUGCGCGGGCUGUGGGUGCUGGUUCUGCUGCUGGGGCUGGCUCAGAUCGCCCUGCUGGCGCGGGGCGCCGAGGCACAGGAGGAGGAUGGCGACGGAGAAUUUGUUAUAAAAGAAGUUGACGAUGAAGGUGAUGACGAUGAUGACGAUGAAGAAGAUGACGAAGAUGACGAUGAUUCUGUAGUUAAAGAAGAAAAUGGUGUAUUAGUCUUGAAUGAUGCAAACUUUGACAGCUUCACUGCAGACAAGGAUACCGUGCUGCUGGAAUUCUACGCACCAUGGUGUGGGCACUGCAAGCAGUUUGCUCCUGAGUAUGAGAAGAUAGCCAAAACUCUGAAGGAAAAUGACCCUCCUAUUCCUGUAGCCAAAAUAGAUGCUACUGCAGCCACUUCACUGUCGAGUCGUUUUGAUGUCAGUGGCUACCCAACCAUCAAAAUCCUGAAAAAAGGCCAGGCUGUUGACUAUGAUGGGUCUCGGACAGAAGACGCUAUUGUGGCCAAAGUCAAGGAGGUUUCUGACCCCAACUGGACCCCUCCACCCGAAGCUACUCUGGUAUUGACCCAGGAUAAUUUUGACGAAGUUGUGAAUGAUGCUGACAUAAUUCUGGUGGAAUUUUAUGCUCCAUGGUGUGGACACUGCAAGAGGCUUGCUCCAGAGUACGAGAAGGCUGCCCAGGAGCUCAGCAAGCGCACGCCUCCCAUCCCCCUGGCUAAAGUUGAUGCCACGGCUGAAACGGAGCUUGCAAAGAAGUUUGAUGUCACUGGCUACCCAACUCUCAAAAUCUUCCGCAAGGGCAAACCUUAUGACUACAGUGGUCCCCGGGAAAAAUACGGUAUUGUCGACUACAUGAUUGAACAGGCUGGUCCUCCAUCCAAACAGAUUCAGGCUACCAAGCAGGUACAAGAAUUUCUGAAGGAUGGGGAUGAUGUCAUCAUCAUUGGUGUCUUUAGUGGAGAGAAUGACAAAACCUAUCAGCUCUAUCAGGAAGCAGCUAAUGGUUUGAGAGAAGAUUAUAAGUUCCAUCACACCUUCAGCAACGAGAUUGCAAAACUAUUGAAAGUUUCUCCAGGAAAACUGGUUGUCAUGCAGCCAGAAAAAUUUCAGUCAAAGCAUGAGCCCAAGAUGCACGUUCUGAAUCUUAAAGACUCUACAGAUGGAUCUGAGAUUAAAGAGCACGUGCUAAAACAUGCUUUGCCUCUAGUUGGUCAUCGCAAGCCUUCCAACGAUGCCAAGAGAUACUCCAAGCGUCCUCUGGUGGUUGUCUACUACUCUGUGGACUUCAGCUUCGACUACCGUGUUGCUACUCAGUACUGGAGAAGCAAAGUCCUGGAAGUGGCUAAAGACUUCCCUGAAUACGUGUUUGCUGUUUCUGAUGAGGAAGAUUAUUCUUCUGAAAUAAAAGAUUUGGGCCUGCUUGAGAGUGGAGAGGAUGUCAACGCUGCCAUUCUGGAUGAAGGUGGCAAGAAGUACGCCAUGGAGCCAGAAGAGUUUGACUCUGAUGUACUCAGGCAGUUCGUGGUGGCAUUCAAGAAAGGAAAACUGAAGCCAAUUGUGAAGUCCCAGCCAGUGCCAAAAAAUAACAAAGGGCCUGUGAAAGUGGUAGUGGGUAAAACUUUUGAUACCAUAGUGAUGGAUCCAAAGAAUGAUGUUCUCAUAGAGUUCUAUGCCCCAUGGUGUGGACACUGCAAGAAACUAGAACCAGUGUAUAAUGAGCUAGGCAAAAAAUACAAGAAUGAGAAAAAUCUGAUCAUAGCCAAGAUGGAUGCUACCGCCAACGACGUGACGAAUGACCGCUACAAAGUGGAGGGAUUCCCCACCAUCUACUUUGCUCCAAAGGACAAGAAGAAUAACCCGAUUAAAUUUGAAGGCGGGGACAGAGAUUUAGAGCAUUUGAGCAAAUUUAUAGAGGAGCAUGCAACAAAACUCUCCAGAACAAAAGAAGAGCUUUAGAUAAGAUGAGGGUGGAGAAGAAAAGUUGUUUGUACAAUGUAGUUAAAAUCAAGUUACUGACAAAACUUGGUGAGAGAAGAAUUAAGCAGUUUUGAGCAAAGAGAUUCUUGAGCAGUAAAGCAAUUUCAGUAUCUUUUUUUUUUUUAUAUGGCAAAUGAGUUUUUUUCUGGACACUGAACUUAAUACUCUAAUAUGAAUGUCUUAUGUUAGUUACGGUUUUGAUCUUUGGAGAAAAAUACAUCCUUUAUUUUUUGUGACUAUCUCGAGCUUUGUUCUUUGACUCUAAUGCAGCUGUUUUUAAGUUAAAAGAUACUACCAAAAAGAGAGAAGCAGAUCCCUCAGACAAACAGAUUUCUCUUAUUUGUUGUUAUGGUUACCGGGGGGAGCAGUCUUUUCAGCUAGUCUUUUCUGUUAUGUUUCUUUGUACCUAUUCAUGUGACCCUAUCACUGUAUUCAUACAGAUAAGGAUAAGAAUGGAUGUUUUCUAAAGUGUGGAUGAAUUAUUUGGUCCUACUGAGAUAAGACACAGGGACUUGCUAAAUAUGCUCUAGACCUGUUUUAGUUUUGUGCCUCUCUGUAGAGAGUGUGAUGCUAAAAUAGCAAGUUUUUCUAAUGUACCUCUCUUUACUAGUCAUUGUUGACCCAAUUACAUCUUAGUCUUCCUGAACUACUCCUUUGGAGUAAUUGGACUAUGACACAACAAGAGCAUCCAGUGGGUGGAAAUGCUGGGAUUCUGGUGUCAGAUCUAUGUGUUACUGUCUCCUUUCCUUUUGCAGAGAGGAAAGUUUGAUAGUGAUUCUUCUUUGGGCAAGCAGACUGAGACCUUCUAACAGCCUUUAUUCCUCUAGCAGGUAUUGCAGGUACAAAGAAUAAUCACAUCUUCUUUGUGCUCCCCUUGGGAGUAUGUGCACUUAAAAGUGGGUUUUUAUAUUGAAUGGCCCAGUUGGGAUAUGUCCAUAAAUUUAUGGGCCAUGUUGAUGUUGCAGACCCAUGCUCUCUAGAAGCACUGUCUGCCUCUUCUUAGAGCUGUGAUGCUGCGGUGUGUGUGACUUGAGUGUCCCUGAGGCAGUUUUGAUUCACAUUUCAUUUUACAGGUAGUUCUUCUGGCAGCACUGUUUUCUGUCUUGCAAAACAUGACCAUCUUCCUUCAGUAAUUGCUUGUUGCAUUAGUUUUUAGAUUUUUAGAGGGUGUGUAAAUCUAAAACCACUACCCAGUCUUUUUUUUUUUUUUUUUUUUUUUUUUUUUUUCUUCUGGGGGGAUGCAUUCUACUGUGUAGCAAGGAUAAACCCUUGAGGUGGCUGUUCAGGUAAAGUCUGGGGACCCAAAGGGGCUGCAAGGUGGUACAUAGUCCCUAUACUUUCCUACUGCACUUGUCAUCCCUAUUGAAGGGGUGUCCUUCCCGCCUGCCUUAAGGGGGGACUGUCCCCCGCUGCUAACAACCCACACAGCAAGCAUAACUAUCAAAUUAGUCUCGCAGAGAUAAAUGGGACUGCAGGAAGGCUUUCCCUUAAUUAAUGGUUUAGCCAAAGAUAGUGAACAAAGCUCACCAGCAGAUUAUGAGUGAGAGGGACAGUAUCAGAUCUCCUGGGACUGCUGGGGUGUGCCUGAAUGCUAUUCAGCUCCUAUUCUUUAUCAGCAAAAGCUGGGAAAUGCUAAGCAAGUGUUAAAGCAGUGUCAUCAUUUACCUGAGGCCCUGGCAUUGUCCAUCUCCUCUUUUCACAUUAGAGGGCUUUUUCUUUCUACUGUCCUUAAGUGGACAGAUGGCUGUUAAGCUUAGACAGUAUUUCAUCUACAAGACUCUUACCAGAUAAAGUGCAUUAUCUUCCCAUCUACUGUAAUUUCUCUUUGCAGCUCUUCUGUAGGCUUUCAAAAGCUAUAAUCUAUUCUAAGUGUGUUGCGCAGGCAACAGUAGUGAGAUGAGACUUAGCUGAACACCAGAGGUGGUUUUUUUUUUCAGCUUUAGAAAAUAUACAUACAAGUCAAGUAACAAGUUCUGUCCUAUCUGCCAGUGUCAUUAAUUCAGUUCUUCAAAGAGCCAGGCACAGGCUUUUAAAAUCAGUUCUUAAAACAUAGUUCAGGUUCUGUGCCUAAGCAAAUACCUCACACAAUGCUGUGGGAACUAAAUUGUUCCUUGUUAGUUGAUUGCAGACUUAAAGGGUUUUAUUCCAAAACAACUGCUGUUUAACUAACAGGGGAAUAUGGAUAAAUACAGAACAUGUAGAAAGGAGGGUGAAGAGUCCCUUAUUGGUGGUGAAGGACUUCAGUCAGGGCUGAGACACCAUUCUCCUUGGAACAGUAAGGGUUAAAGUUGAGCAUUUCUGGCCUCUCUUCUGACAGGUGCUAAAUUAUUAACAUUGUCAUUGCCAAUGCUGUACUGUUCCUUUAAACUGCUUAGAGCCAGCACCUCUCUGGAUUGAAACCUCUACAGCCUCUAGGGAGCCCCUCUGGCAAUAGCAGACACAAGGACCAGAGUAGUGUCCUAGAUGUGCUUGCUCAGUGCUCCUGCCACCUCUGUCUCUCUCUCUUCCUUGCCUCCACAGGUAGAGGCAGCCUGGUACACAAACAGUUCCUUCAGUAUGGUGCUGAAAUACCUGACUCUUGUUCAGGAGCAGAAGUGCUUAAGUCAGAGCUGAAUAGGAAUACAGUAAUUAGUACUGCUUACAGCUUCUUGACAACAAUGAGCUGCAAGAACAGGCAGUGUUAUGGAUUUAGGUUAUGAGCAGUAGAGGGAAUGAGGAUUUGUUCCAUCAUUACACUGGUGUCACCUGGCCACAUUUCCUGUGAGUCCUUAGCUGUGCCACUCACCUUGGCAUCUGCGUGUCAUAAUAAAUGCAUUUAUAUCUCCUCGCAAGAUGAGGAUACUGCUGCCUCUAAGCUUUGGGCAGAGCCACAGUGGAAAGCAAGUUGCUUUCCUUAGUUCAAGUAUCCUGUCCUUUGCUGUGUGCACUGUCAACAUCACGUGAACCCUCUGUGAAACUCACUGGGAUGGAUACACCAUGAGAUCUGUUAUCUCUGUACAGAAAGUGAUAUUAAUGUGAUUAAUGCAUUCUAAGGAGAACAGGUCAUACCAUCUUUUGGAUUUGUUAAAUGCAUUAUGCAAGCCUGCUUUUUCAUUCCUGAGGCAUUAGGAUGCUUUCCUAUACAUCCAAAAUUAUUUUAUUAAAGAGUUACCUAAAUGCUGCUGAUUAGCCUUGGUUGUUCCCUUCUUACAGAAGAAAAAAAAAGUGCAGUGCAAGAGAAUAAGGGAGCUCCCCUCACUUGCUCUUUGCCACAGCUGCAUGAGCAUAUGACAAUUUCUGAUUAUGGUUCCAGUGGAAGAGAUCCUGCAGUUUAUGCUUCAGCACAGGGUUGAUUUGUGUAAUAUUAGAAGUCCAUGGAGUCUGGCCUGGUGUAUCUCCCACACAUGCAUCCUCUUGGAAACAAACUUAUUUCUGUAAACUGUCGUACACCUUAAAGUAGUCAGACUUGGGGCUUCUUUGGGGUCAGCUCCUUUCCCUGAAGGGCUAAGAACUAAGGCGGGCUGCAACUGUAGCACAGCUGGUGCUCCUCGAGGAAGGAAUUUGUCUGUACUGUGUCUGUGAAAGUAAAUAGUGGCUUGGGAUCUUGAUACUGCAUUAAGUGAUAGUUUUUUCAGUACUGGAAGAGAUUUGUUAACAGCAGAGGGUUUGCAAUCAAGGUUGUUAUCUGGUUUCUACUCUCAGCAAUUUUGUGCGUCCAAACUGCUAAUUAUGGUAGUGCCUGGCUUUGGCCCAGGAUUUGGCUGGUGGCAAGUAAGAAAGGCACUGCAGCGCUGGUGCCACAAAGUUUUCUCUGCCCUCUUGUGUGUGAGGCUAUGUGCUGAGGAAGCAGUCUUCUGGAAAGUAGAACAUGAAUAAAUGAUACAGGUUAAGGGCUUCUCAGAAAGUAGAGUUUACUGCAGUGAUCAGACUGCUGUCCUUUCUUUUUUGGUAGGCAGGAGAAGCCAGUGCAAACUUUCUGCUCCCAAAGGCCUUUUGCUGACAGCCUGCAUUGGUAAUGGACGCUGGUCAGAGGGGCUGAGUGUUGCAGUCUGUGUGCUCAGCCCUUGAUGUGGGUAGUGAGUAAGUCAAGCCCUGUGCAAACUGUGUCAUCUACUUCAAACUGAUACAGACCCUUGUAUUUGUUAUGCAAUUUGGCUUUGGUUUGUUGUGCUUGAGUUGCAGAACUCCCUUUGUCAAUACAGAUCAGGGAUCUAUGAGCAACCCUAGCAAAAUUCAGUGCAGUAGCGUCUUGGAUCAGUUGCCAGGCAUUUCUAAGACUUCAGCACAGCUGAAGAGUCACAGGAAUCGCUUCAUGUCACGGCAGUGCACUUGCCAGGGGAGAGCUCUCAGUUGCUGACUACAAAGGGCUUCCCUUCUUUUCCUGCCUGGACCCACGGUAGGUUGUGUGAAGCCAUGCAGCCAUGGGCAGAAGAAAUGUUCUGUUACCAUGCAUGACCUGUCUUCAUAUCUGCCUAGAAUCCCACUCACAAGUCAGUUGUUUUCGUUCAACAUCUUUGGAGGUUGUUCUGCACUUGAAGCCAGUUAUUUUAGACAGAGCUUUGCCUGCUCUCAGGCCACAGACUGAUGUCAUGUUAAUGUUAGUGUUGGAUUUUCUGUGUCAGGAGCAGCUGGUUUUAUGUGAAGCCAUUGUGCUGUAAAUCUGUCUGAACAAGCUCUAUAUGUACCAUGAAAAAUAAAUGAUCAUGUCUUUGUAGAGGCUAGAUGAGCCUGCUUGGGUCUGGAAGGACAUGACCACUCUCCAGUUUCAUUUUUGCAUUCAGAGAGAAAGGGAUCUGGUCUGUGAACUGCUCCAAAUCCUUACAUUAGAAAGGUGGGAGUUUCAGUUUCAGAAAUGCUGUUCACAUCUCAAGCUGUGUGUGACUUGGUUAACAGAAAUAUAAAGGAGAUAAGCUAUAUUAAUCCAACCAUGCAAAAAAAACCCUUAUCACAAUCAGUAACCCAGUCCUCUGAAGGAUUUCCAUAGGCUGAGGUUUUGAACAGCCAGUUGUUUCUUCAUAGUGAAAGCUGACACUUGAGAGCCUGGCCUGCAUUAAUACCCUUCUGCUUGCCUUUGUCUAAGUUAUAGUGGCCUUCCUGAAGUCUGGUAUCUUUUGCCUUACAAUAGGAGAGAAUUGUUCUGCAAUACAGCCUGGUAAAAUGCUGCUCAGAAUGAUAAAAAAGUUAAAAAAAACCCAGCAGAAGGUGAUCUCAGGGGAGGAGAAAAAGGUAAUUUAUACAUUUUCCCUGAAGUUAGAGAAAUUGAGGCUAGACAGGGUCAUUUACUCAGCUAAUCUUGUUGGUUUACACAUCAGACCACAAGUUCUCUGCUGUUUGCUUUCAAUAUUCAGCCUAAUAACUUGCAUUCAACCUAUGGGCCUGUUCCAACCAAAGUAUGCAGCACAAACUAGGAUCCACAGCUCUGCUGAUUGCUCCUGCUGCACUAAUAUUCAUUUCUGAACCACAGAAUGCAUUCAGGAAAUGGGACAUGCCACUAGAAAUUGGUACUGCUUUGAGUAAGGAUGUUUGCAUUCAGUUCUGCAUUCACUUUGCCAUGUGAAAUAUUUCAUAUGUAACUUUUGCUGAUGCCUUUAGACAGUAGACUUUAGUGAUGUAUUUUCAUGUGGGGGUUGGCACUUCUUUUGUGAUUUUGAGUUGGUUUUGGUCUUUUUCAGUCUCAAGAUACCCACUAACAUAUAGCAAGUAGAACUCCACUAGUUUAAUUUAGCUGUAGCUUUUCCCAGCCAGCGGAUUGUCAGAGGGCCUAGUGACAAGAGGGUUGAGCUUCCUUUAAGCUCCUUUCCCUGGGCCUGAAGGAGCAGUAAUAGAGCACCUGACUUCAGCAGAUUCAAAUUGAGAAAGCUGUUCACUGGUGUGCUAAUGAGUCCAUGGAAAUGUCAGUGGCCUUACUAUAAUCUGCUGCCUCUUUGUUUUUCUCAGAGAUAACCCUUGAUUUUCAAUUUGGACAAACCAGCCAAUCUUUCAAUAGAAAAAUCACAUUUUAAAUAAAAAAAAAGGGUCACAGUA